AUGCCUCCGUUCAUUUUCCCCCCUUAUUUCGCUCUUGAUGACCUUUGUGCAAUCACGGGAAAGGCCUGCAAGCUUAAAGUGAAUCCGCUUCAGAAUGAAGCAAACACAUUUGCUUGCCAGUGGUUCGACAGCAUUGGUGUAUGCGACGAAGCAUGGAAGAUCAAGUUUUUGAAUUUGGGGAAAUUCGACCUGUUCGCUGCACUCAGUUUCCCGGAUGCAGACCUAAAGCAUCUCGAGACAUGCCUCAUGUUCUUCUUUUGGGCCUUUUCGACAGAUGAUCUAUCCGACGAGGGAGCUUUCCAGGACAGUCCGUCUCAAGUUCAAGCUGGCCACGAUAUUUCCAACGCCGUCAUCGAUUCCAGUCUUGCCAUGGAUAGGCCGUCUUUUCCUUAUGCUGCGAUGCUGUACGAGUACGUCCAUAAGUUACCGUCUGUUGAAGAGUUCAUCUUGAUGCGUCGCGCCACAAUCGGAGGCGCCAUGGUUGAAGCUAUGGUUGAGUACUCGUUAGACAUCGACCUUCCGGACUACGUCUUUGAGCAUUCAACAAUCAGAGCUAUGUCAGACGCUACGAAUGACAUGAUGACUUGGCCCAAUGAUCUGUGUUCAUUCAACAAAGAGCAAGCUAACGGCGACUACCAAAACCUCGUGUUUGUCAUCAUGAACGAGCGCAGAGUCGACCUCCAAGAGGCAAUCGACAUUUUAACAGACAUGUUAUCGCAGCGGGUGGACGAUUACCUCGCUCUCAAGGCCUCCUUGCCGUCUUUUGGUUCGAAGGUUGAUCACGAGCUCUCCCGCUACAUCGAAGCGCUGGAAUACUUCACGCAAGGCACCGUCCUGUGGUACUACUUGAGUCCCAGUACGUCCUAUGCAGCUCUGAGGCUGAUGCUUUUGCGGGGAUCCAGCUGA